AUUGUUGCUGGUGAGGGUGCCCCGCCACCCUCACCCUCCAAGCUGUUCAGACAGCAUUCUUGUCUCCACUCCCAGUAUCUGAAGCUCUGUCUCGACUAUGUGAACAGCUGCUUUCCUUUCUUCAUCUGCAUGCUGGGUCAGACGUACGGGGACUUCCUCCCUGACCAUGUGCCUCUAAUGCUCUCCAGAGUGACUGACUUGUUCAGUUUAUCCAUAGAACAGAACCUCUACGUUGCUGCAAAAAAUGGUUAUCCUUGGGUGCUGGAGAAUCCCAACUACAGUUUGAUGGAGUUUGAGGUCAUCCAAGCAGCAUUUCUGAAUGAGUCUCCAUUUCAGUAUUUUUACUUUAGGACUGGAACCACGUUGCUGAAGACUUUAGAUGAGGAAAAGGAGGGGCUGUCCUCGGGAUCUCUGCUGACUGAUGAGGAAAAAUUAAGGAUUGGAAAGCUUAAGGCCAAGAUUAUUAGCAAAGGGUUCCGUGUCCGAUUUUAUAAAGAUCUCCAUGAGUUGGGGGACCUGGUUUUCAAGGACUGGUCAGUUGUGAUAGAACAACUUUACCCAGCCACUUUAAUGAUCGGAAGUAUAGACUACAAACACAACUGUGAACGUUUCUAUCAUGAAGAGUUCGUGGAGAAGUGCAAAGGUGUUAUUUCCAAGGAAUCAAACAGAACCUUUGAAAUCUUGGAAAGAUUUGCCUUACAGGAUGUGGGAUCUGAUCGCAACAGUGCUGCAGCAGGCUCUGGGUUAGAUGCUGUCCUCUGAAUAAAUCCUCUUCCAGUUGACAAGUCUAUUUUGCUCUUGUCUGGAGAACGUGGUUGUGGGAAGUCCACUCUGAUCGCCAACUGGGUGAAUUAUUUCAAAAAGAAAUAUCCGAGCAUGUUGGUGAUCCCUCAUUUUGUGGGCAGCACCUGUGAAAGCAGUGACAUCAUGUCCGUGAUGCAUUGCUUCAUCACAGAAUUGCAGUUCAAAAACUAUGGUACUCAGCUUGAAACUGAUGUUCUUAACGAAGGCUCAAAUGUCUUAGUCUUUUCACUUCUUGUGGAAGUUUUCAUUGCUUCCAUCAAUUUAAAGCCAUGCAUACUUGUCCUAGAUGGAAUUGAAGAAUUGAUUGGCAUUUAUGGGAUUUUAGGACAGAAGGCAAAAGAUUUUUCUUGGCUGCCAUGCUCGCUGCCUCUGCCUCCUCAUUGCAAAUUCAUCACGAGCGCUGUCUCCUCCAGCCUGUCCUACAAGUUGCUAUGUGCUCGCCCAGAUGUGAGGACGGUGGAGUUCAUUAGCAUAGGAGACAAAGAAGUGAAACUAAACGUCUUUAGGCAGCGUCUCUCCAUUCCCAACAAAGACGCCCUCCAACAGAGCCAAUCCACUUUGAGGAAAAAAACAAACCUGAAUCCUUUAAAACUCACGAUCCUAGCGAAUGAACUCAGAGAAUGUAGAAUCUACCGAGGUGAGUAUCGGUGUCUGAAGGAGUACUUGGAGGUGGUGUCUGUUCAGGAGCUCUGGGAAUUGAUUCUGAAACGCUGGAUUGAGGACUAUAGCUGGACUUUUACACCAAAAAAGGCAAAUUCAGACACGGUGGCUGUAGGAGAAGCACCGGAUGGCUGGGUGGCUGACACUCUGUGCUUUUUGAGCAUCUCACAUUGUGGAUUGGCCGAGGAUGAGAUAUUCCAGCUUUUGGACAUGCUGGGCUACAGGGAUCACUACAAAGUGACCAUGUUGCACUGGGCUGCCUUCCGCAAUGCCAGCAGACAGUGGGUCCAGGAGAAGCCCAAUGGCCUCCUGUACUUCAGGCACCAGUCCCUGCGGAGUGCUGUGGAACACAAGCUUCUUGGUGUGGUCACUCCUGUCAGAGAAAGCCGUCCAUAUACCUUUCAGAACCCAACAAAUCACAAGAAGACACAUUUCCACCAGAUCUUAGUUCGAUACUUCCAACGGCAAACCACUUUCUGGAGGGUAUUUGAGGAGCUGCCGUGGCAUUUGAAAAUGAGUGGCUCCUGGGGGGGUUUGUGCAGCUUUCUGUCAAGUCCUAGUAUCACAGAUUCUGUAUCGAAGAUCCAAAACCUGAGCUUCUGGACAUGGCUGCACCUCAUCCACUACUGGAAUGUGUUAGCAGAAGUCGGAUAUGAUGCUGCUGGGGCCUAUUUACUCACAGUGGCCAAGGUUAAAGCUGAGAAGUGCCAUAAAAUGAGGAAGAGACAUACACCGUCAGUGCUGGAAUGCAGGCUUUUUGAGGUUACCACCAUGGACAAAUGCCGAUUAAUGUUCUUUAUUGUGAAAUUUCUGAAGCUUAUGGGCAAGAUCAAUGAAGCAGAAGGAUUAUUCUUGACUGUUGAGAACAUGUUAGUGCAGACUCAGUCCCUGACAGAGAUGCUUCCCAAAGUACAGAAUGCUACUGGAGAACUCUAUCUUGAAGUAGGGAUGACUCAGGAGGGGUUCCAGUGUUUCCAGAGAGCAUGGUCGAACCUGAUGGAUAUUUCCCCCAGCGACGUGAAAGACGGCCAGGACUUAGUGAAGCAAAAAGGCAGAGUGCUGAACAACCUGGUAAAGUCAGCAAGUGAAAAGUACUUAAAAGAAAAUCAUAUUUUGGAAUGUGCUACUGAAAUUUCCAGCUUUUUGGACAACAACCCCUGUGACCAGGCUACCAUGAAAUACACCGAAGGUGUUCUGAUAUUUGCUGCUGGAGACACGUCUCUUGCAAAAAUGAGACUUCAAGAAUGCUUAAAUAUCAGGAGAAGUUUGUUUGGUGAGAAAAAUAUCCUAGUUGGAGAAAUUAUGGAAUUUUUAGCAGAUUUACUAUCUUUUCUACCGGAAGAGAGUGAAAGAUGCCAAAGGAAGCAAGCAAUUGAAUAUUAUAAACAAGUGAUACGAAUAAAGGAAAAUGCAGGGACUUUCACCAAUUUCAUCGUCAGGAAGCAGCUGAGCAUUAGCCUAAGUGACACCUUGUGUAAAUUAGCAGGUCAGUUAUUCAUAAAUGACUCCGGUCAUCACGUCAUGACUGAAGCAGUGGGCUAUUUGUACAGAUCACUUGCCUUAAGGGCGACCUACCUGGGAUCUUCUCAUUUAUCAAUCCAUGGAAUCCUGCAACUUCUGAGGGAAAUUGAGCGGAUCAGGAGUAGAAGAUGUUGGCCUCAAGGCAUGAGUCAGCAAUAUUUCGAGGGUUCUAGGAAUGGCAUCUCAUUAUGGGAGUACUUGCUUAAAUUAGACUACCACAGUGCUCAGAGUUCUAAUACAGUGAGCUCUGCGGUAUGCACGAAUGCACAUAACCUACAGAGAGUUAAAAGCAUGGACUUGGCACCUCAUAUAAUUUCAGAGAAAUCAAAAUGCGCUUCUGGAAAAGGGAAAAAAGUCUUGAGACCCAUCGUUUCCAUUUCUGUUGAGGAGAAGACCCGACAGAAGACACAGGAUAAUGUGGAGCCAUGGAAUGGCUCAGAAAAAGGAGGUUCAAUGAAAAAGAAAGAUUAUUCCUCUAAGGUUUUGUCUUUGGGUAAAAUGGAUGGUGUAGUAAAGCUUUCACGGCAAAAGGUUUUCUCAGCUAAAGGUGAGGGUGGAAAAGGCCAAAUCACCACAAUUGACCGGCAUCCCUUGGCAGGAGGGUCUCUUAGCACAAAUAAUCCCUGGGAAUCCAUAUCUGAGUUCAUAUCAGAAAAGUGGCUUUUUCAUAGCCCAGAAUACAGUUCAGUUCCCCAGAAGAGUUUUUUGCAGAGAAGAUCUCAGUUUGAAACCAAAUUGUUGAAGACCUCCAAUGAUACUAAUAAAGUAUAAAAAUGA